UUUUUCGCCCCGCUUUUCAUCGCGAUUCUCGGCGGGUCUCGCCCUCGCUCCCUCCCAGCGYGCAGCGGCUGCGCUGGUGCUGCUCCUGCCGGCUUUGUGCCCUGCAGCCCCGGCCCUCCUCUUCCUCCUCCUCCCCCUCCUGCCGUAAAACCUUCACGAGGCUCAGAGCAGCCUCCGAAAGCGCCGCAGCCSCUCUUCCAAAUCACCGGCUGCAACAAAAAGACCUUUUCAUUUUUUUAUUAUAUAUUUCCCCCACCUCCUCCCCCACCCUCCACCUCGCCCUUUUUUUUUCCUCCUCCUUCCUCCCGCAAACGCAUCAAGGUGGACGCGGAGCGCAAAAAGACCUUUGUUUUAAAAAUGCCCAUGGAGCUGACGCAAAGCCGCAUCCAGAAGAUUUGGCUUCCCAAUGACAACCGCCCGGCGCUGCCCCGCCGCUCCUGUGGGCCUCAGCUCGCCAAUUCCCCCACGGUGAUCGUGAUGGUUGGCCUCCCAGCCCGUGGCAAGACCUACAUCUCCAAGAAGCUGACACGCUACCUCAACUGGAUUGGUGUCCCCACUAAAGUUUUCAACGUGGGGGAGUAUCGCCGCGAGGCCGUGAAGCACUACAGCUCCUAUGACUUCUUCCGUCCUGACAACGAGGAAGCCAUGAAAGUCAGGAGGCAAUGUGCCAUGGCUGCCCUGAGGGAUGUGAAGCUGUACCUGACAGAGGAGGCCGGGCAGAUAGCGGUUUUUGAUGCCACCAAUACCACACGGGAGAGGAGAGGGAUGAUCCUAAACUUUGCCAAAGAGAACGGAUUCAAGGUGUUCUUCAUCGAGUCAGUCUGCAACGAUCCCAACGUGGUGGCCACCAAUGUCAUGGAAGUCAAAUUGUCCAGCCCAGAUUACCGGGACUGUAAUUCCACCGAUGCCAUGGAGGAUUUCAUGAAGAGGAUCAAUUGUUACCAAGCCAGCUACCAGCCCCUCGACCCUGAUGACUAUGACAGGGAACUUUCUCUCAUCAAAAUCAUCGACGUCGGCCGGCGGUUCCUGGUCAACAGGGUCCAGGAUCACAUCCAGAGCAGGAUUGUUUAUUACCUGAUGAACAUCCACGUGCAGCCCCGCACCAUUUACCUCUGUCGGCACGGGGAGAGCGAGUUCAACCUCAAGGGGAGGAUUGGAGGYGACUCUGGGCUCUCCAACAGGGGCAAGAAGUUUGCAGUGGCACUGAACAAAUUUGUGGAAGAGCAGAACCUGAAGGACCUCAAAGUCUGGACCAGCCAGCUAAAGAGGACAAUCCAGACAGCAGAAGCUCUCCAGCUGCCCUAUGAGCAGUGGAAGGCGCUCAAUGAAAUCGAUGCUGGUGUGUGUGAAGAAAUGACCUAUGAAGAAAUCAGGGAUCAGCACCCAGAGGAAUUUGCUCUACGUGAUCAGGAUAAAUACUACUACCGUUAUCCUUCUGGGGAGUCCUACCAAGACCUGGUGCAGCGCUUGGAGCCGGUCAUCAUGGAGCUGGAGAGGCAAGAGAACGUCCUUGUCAUCUGUCACCAGGCUGUCAUGCGCUGUCUCCUGGCGUACUUCCUGGACAAGAGUGCAGAUGAAAUGCCCUACCUGAAGUGUCCCCUCCACACGGUGCUGAAGCUGACCCCRGUAGCCUACGGCUGCAGGGUGGAAUCCAUCUCGCUGAACAUUGAAGCUGUCAACACCCACAGAGAUCGGCCAGAGAACAUGAACAACUCCCAGAAGCCGUCGUGACUCGSUGGGCGCCGUGGCGAGGCCGUGGGCGCUGCGGCCGGCGCCGCCAGCUUCUCAUCCCAUCGCCAUUCCCGAAGCUUGCUUCCCGCCCGGGCCCCUCCAUGCGGCCAGGCCGGCCCUGGGCUGUGUCCACUCACGCUGCCCGUUCAUCCCGCUCUGCUGGGCGCCCAGGGAUGCAGGAGAGCGGAGGAGGAGCCCAGCUUCCCCCUCGGGGUCACCACCAGCUCUUCAGGCGGCAGCGUUCGCUCUCCUCUCCRGCAUCCUGUUAGGUCGUAGCGAGCUGUAAAGUGCUUCUGUAGCGCACAGGAGUUUAAUUUUUCCUCCUCUCUUCAGUGGUUUUGAUCUUCUGUAUGGACGAUUGGUACCCAUCCAUUCUCUGGGUGGGGUGUGUACAUAUGUGGAUGGUGCGGGGUUAGCAGAGAAAUAGGGGGAUGGGGGGUGGGCAAAGGGGUUUUGCAUUUUUUUUUUAAUAAUUAUUAUUGUUAAUUACUUUUGAUUAAGCCCCUAACGUGCUGUGCUGCAGUCCCUCGCCCACACUACAGCCUGUGGCACACGCCAGCCUGGCUCAUGCAGGUCUGUGAGCACCAGGAAAGCAGCUGUGUGAACUCCUUCACUGCAACAUCUGCUGGGUUUAAUAAAAACAAAAACCCCAUUCUUCCACUUUUUUUUUUUUU